AUGUCUAGCGAACGUGUGUUCCGUCUUCCCUUUCGCAAGCCGCAAUGGAUGAACAGUGCCACCACUCGUAGCGCUGGCGUCUACUUUGCCGGUGCCCUGUUCGCCAUCGCUCUAUUCGUCUUUAUCGAUGCCGCCGUCUACUCCAAAUCCGCCCUCAAUGGCUCCGACGUACACAUGACAUUCAUCGACUGGAUCCCCACCAUCUUCAGCGCCCUCGGCAUGCUCAUUGUCAACUCGAUCGACAAGACCCGCCUCUCUGCCGAUAACUUCAGCUACAGUGGUGAUGGUAUCGCAUGGAAGGCUCGCGUCGUCUUGUUCAUGGGUUUUGCUGCCAUGGCUGGUGGUCUUGCUGGUGGUGUCACCGUCAUGGUUCUGAAGUACAUUGUUCCCUCGUACACUUUCCCUACUCUAUGGUUCGGUGUCGCAAACGUCAUCGCCAACACUCUGGUCUCUCUCAGCUCCGUCGUGCUUUGGGUAUCGCAGAACAUGGAAGAUGACUACACCUACAACUUGCAGCUGUAG